AAGAGAAGAAAGCGCCCCUGGGCAGGUUGGAGCCAGCCGGGGCUGCGGCCAAGAAGGAACUGGCCCUGGUCUCGGGGCGAGGCGGUCCCCUCGCCUCCUCCUUGGCAAGUCUCCGCGUCCCCGACGGCCUCGCAGGCUGUCGCUUCUCAUCAGCCGUCCUCCUGGGCGCCCCUAAUCUCGUUACCUCUCGGGUUAUAAAUAUUAAUGCCCCCGCCGCCCCCUCGGGCCCAGAGGCUCCGUCUGAGGAGGGAGACCUGAAGCCAGCCCCCGGCUCCUCGAUGAACGGCCCCGCGGAGACCAGCCGAUGGCUCAGCCGGGAGGACCGCCGGGAGGCCCCUCCGUGCUCGGUUUGGGGUCCAAGGAACCCCCCGGAGGGGAUACCCCCUGCUUGGAUCUCUACGGCUUCCCUGCCGGAGCUCCCUUCGGCCAGAGGAGCUUGGCGGCGGCCCAAGGUGGUCCUCUCCCCAGCUUGGACGAUGGAGAUCCAGAGGAAGACGAAGAGGAGGAGGAGGAGGAGGAGGAGGAAGAGGCGACAGGUGCGCGCCUGAGGAGGGCUUCGCCCCUGGGCAGACCCAAGAGAAAGCGGCUCAUCACCCAGGCGCAGCGCCAGGCGGCCAACGUCCGCGAGAGGAAGAGGAUGUUCAACCUCAACGAAGCCUUCGACCAGCUGCGCAAGAAGGUGCCCACCUUCGCCUACGAGAAGCGCCUCUCCCGCAUCGAGACGCUGCGCCUGGCCAUCGUCUACAUCUCCUUCAUGACCGAGCUGCUGGACGGCGGCGGCAAGCAAGAGGCCGGCUAGAGCUGCAGCCACGACCCCAAGGGCAGCAACGCAGCAGAAGGCCCGUGGGCCCCAGUGCCUGUCACGAGAGGCACCCACAGGGGAUGCACCCUCCAGGCGAGGGAAGGGAGCGGCCCGCGGGGCCUGGUGGGGUCUGAGCUGCGUGGCCGGUUGCGUCAAGAACGGGGGCCUUGGCCUGGGCUUUCAUGGAAACUUUGCGCAGCGUUCCCCAACAAGGCAACUGCGCCCUUCUGGGAGACUGGCCUAAAGCGUGUGUGGACCGCACAGCUUCCUCCCGAGCCAAGAAUGUUUCUGUGGAGUUCGCGAGAAGCCGGAAGAGGGGCUGCGGCGCUGCCCCGGGAGAUCGGGAGAACACAACCGAGGGGAGGCGGCGGCUGGCAGAAAAGGUCGCCCCGCUGUUAGGAACAUGGAAGAAGCAGAGGGAGCGGGAAGAGAGUGGUCAAGAGCCAAAGAAGAAGAGGGUGGUCAAGAGCCCAGGGCUGGCACCUGCCCCCUCCUGGAGAAGCCUGGCGCGGGGGCCCCUCUGGUUGAGGUCGCAACCAGGCGGCCUCUUCUUGUUCCUCUCUAGCACCGAUCUCGGGCUGUUGGGGGGGGGGAGGGGGGCUUCUGUCAGGUUUGCUAGUUGC